GACACAAGAAAAUCAAGCAAAACUCUAUCAACUCAAAAAUCAAUAGAAAGCACAAGAAGAUGAAGAGAAUUCCUCGUAUCAAAUUUCCUCAGAGACAUUCUUCAUCUUCCCCUUCUUCUACGUCAUCAGGUUCUGGAUCUGUUGCCGGCGGCAAGAGAAACGUGACGGCGAGUUCAGAUGUCCCGGCGGCGCCAAAGAACAUUGCUGAUGGAGGGAAAGCAUCACUUCAGCCUAAACGAACUCCUGUAUCCGACAAGGAAAUCGAAUCCAUAAUGGUUAUAGAUACUUUCAUUACAAAAAUAGAAAGAAAUAAAUAAAAGACAACGAAACAGUAUUAGUAUUAACUCAACUCUUGUUUUGUUUUUUUGUGUGUUCUGCUUUGAUUCUUGUAGUUGGGAGGUUGCAUCUGACGUUUGAAGAUUUGAUCAACACUUUGGGCUUCUGUCAUUUUCUGCUGUUGAAGUUUUAUUAUAAUGUAAAGUAAGAACUAAUAAUGUAAGAGAAUAUGAUGUUGUUUCUCGUUGUCAAUAAAGAAAGGCCUAUCUUGUUUCUAUGCAUUAUUGUCUUCCCAUUUUUUUAUUAGGAAAGUUGAACUAUAGAGUAGUAAACAAUUACAGGAUAAUAUUUGUAUGAAUUAAACGUAAGAGACUGUAUAAAAGGG